UUUUUUAAUUACAUUUUUCCUCCCUCGCGUUGCGGGCGGUGCCGAAUCGGCAGGCCGGUAAACGGCGGCCCGUCUUGGCCGCGGGCUCGCCCAGGAGGCGUCAUGGCGGCGGGGGGCCUGGCGGGGCUCCUGCCCGCCCAAACCCAGCUGGAGUACGCCCUGCUCGACGCCGAUACUCCUCAGGAGAAGGAGAACUUGGUCUACCAGUACCUGAAGAAGAUGGACAGCCGGGAGCGGGACCUAACGGUGCCCGAGCUCGGCGGAGAUCUACAGUGGCUAAACACUGAAGGUCCUAUUUCUCUUCACAAAGACCUUUGUGGAAAAGUUGUGGUGUUGGAUUUCUUUACUUACUGCUGCAUCAAUUGCUUGCACCUGCUGCCUGAUCUCCACGCGUUAGAGCACCAGUACUCUGAUAAAGAUGGUCUUAUUAUUGUUGGUGUCCAUUCAGCGAAAUUCCCAAACGAAAAAGUUCUGGACAACAUUAAAAGUGCCAUUCUGAGGUAUAAUAUUGUCCACCCUGUAGUAAAUGAUGCAGAUGCAACACUGUGGCAUGAACUAGAAGUGUCUUGCUGGCCAACUCUGGUCAUUCUUGGCCCUCGUGGAAAUAUGCUGUUUUCACUUGUUGGAGAGGGACACAGAGAGAAGUUGUUUUUAUUUACUUCUAUAACACUGAAAUUCUACAAGGAGAGAGGACAAAUCAAAGAUAACAACAUUGGAAUAAAGCUAUACAGAGACUCCCUUCCACCUUCUCCUCUGCUGUUUCCUGGCAAAGUGACCGUAGAUAAUUCAGGAGAGAGGCUGGUAAUAGCAGACACUGGACAUCAUAGGAUUUUGGUUACUCAAAAAAAUGGACAAAUUCUACACGCUAUAGGAGGUCCAAACAGUGGAAGGAGAGAUGGAAGAUUUUCAGAGGCAGCUUUCAACUCACCACAAGGGAUCGCUAUAAAAAAUGAUGUUAUUUAUGUAGCUGAUACAGAAAAUCACCUAAUUAGAAAGAUUGACCUGGAAUUAGAGAUGGUGAGCACUGUAGCAGGCAUUGGGAUACAAGGUGUUGAUAAGGAAGGCGGAGCAAAAGGAGAAGAACAGCCUAUCAGCUCUCCAUGGGAUGUCAUCUUCGGAAAUUCAAUUUCAGGGACUCAGGAAGACGAUGUUUUAUGGAUAGCAAUGGCAGGCACUCAUCAGGUAUGGGCACUGAUGUUGGAAGGUGGAAAACUACCAAAGGGAAGUGAUUUAAAGAAAGGAGUCUGCCUUCGAUUCGCUGGGAGUGGAAACGAAGAGAACAGAAACAAUGCAUACCCACAUAAGGCAGGCUUUGCACAGCCUUCGGGUCUCUCUCUGGCUUCUGAGGAACCAUGGAACUGCCUUUUUGUAGCAGAUAGCGAGAGCAGCACUGUGCGAACCAUCUCUCUGAAAGACGGAGCAGUGAAGCACGUUGUAGGAGGAGAGAGAGAUCCAUUGAAUUUGUUUGCCUUUGGUGAUGUGGAUGGAGCGGGCAUAAAUGCAAAGCUGCAGCAUCCCUUAGGAGUAACAUGGGACAAGAAAAGAAAACUGCUCUAUGUGGCAGAUUCCUAUAAUCAUAAGAUUAAGGUUGUAGAUCCCAAGAUGAAGAACUGUGCUACCCUGGCAGGCACAGGAGAAGCCAGCAAUGUUAUUGGUUCCAGCUUUACACAAUCAACUUUUAAUGAACCAGGAGGUUUGUGUGUUGAAGAAAAUGGCCGCUUGAUGUAUGUUGCAGACACAAAUAAUCAUCAGAUUAAAGUGCUGGAUUUGGAAACAAAAAUUCUUUCCAUGUUGCCUAUCCUGAAUCCAGAAACAUGUGACGUUCCAGAUAACCUGCCUGUGCAAAAGGAUAAAACAAUAAACCUUCCAAAACUGCCUAAAUCUGCACCAAAUGUUCAACUUCCUUCACUAACUGUAGCUCCUGGCGAGACAAUUCAGUUUUUAUUAAAGUUGACUCUUCCUCCAGAUUCAAAACUGAAUGAAGAAGCACCCAAUUCCUGGUUUAUCACAGCAGAAGAUAAUACCUGGUUACUUCAAGGACAGUGUCUGUCUGGAGAAAUAAAGGAUGUUUCAUGUCAAACUAUCAUUCCCUUUCAGUUACCCAGGAGCUGUCUGUCCACUGAAGCUAUCCUGGCUGUCAAAGCAUGCCUCUACUAUUGCAGCAAAGGUAGCAGUGCCUGUAUGAUGAAAGGAAUCUCAUUCAGUCAGCCUUUGCAGAUAGCUAGCACAAUCCAAGGCAGCUCGACUCAAGUUGAACUGAUACAUGCGUUUUUAACUAACUAACCCAAAGCCAGCUAAUUUCAUACUUGAUUUUACUGUCCACAGUUUCUGUAGGAGAAUACCCUUUCUCCGUUGUUCAUUUUCCUGGAGCUUAUGACAAAGCUAAUAAAUAAUAUACUUGGUAAAAUGAAGUAGUUCCCUACAGCUUAACAUGAAAAUUUAUCAUUGCGACCUCAUUUCUUUUCAUUACAGUAGCAGCAAUAAUAUUGUAAUACUCUAGAUUCUGCUGCCAAUUGUGAAUAUAUUGGAUGUAUGCCAUUCUAAGCAAUGAGCAACAAUUUUUAGAGUCCUUUUGAAAGAGCUGGUGUUACUUUGUGAUGUUACUGUAAGAAGUUCUUUGCACUGUACACACUGUUAAAAUAGCUAGAUCGUUUUGGGCUAACAGUUACAAAUUCCUUUUGUGCCCUUAUUAAAUUUUAAUAGAAUGUCAGAACUCAGUUUCUUUCUCUAGGCUGUAAAAGAAAUAUCUUGCUUAUUUUUUUGUAAUAGCUUUUAUGACACAUGUAUUUUGAAAAUACAUCUUAAACUAGGUGCAGCUCUAAUUUUAUGCAAACUGAGUGUUUUGCUUAACUAGGUAUGACUGCCUUAUAUGAAGAGCAUAGUUUCAUGGAAAAAUUUCUGUUAAAGAAAGUGUUCAAGUUCCUACAGAAGAAUUUCAUGCUGAUUUCUAACAAAGAAUGUGCCUCUCUAAUCUGUGUGUGUGUGUGUGUAUAUAUAUAUAUAUAUAAAAAAAGAAAAAAAACAAACAUAAAACCAUGCUGGAGGUUUUACUGAUACAUACCAAUUUACAUUUUAUAGUAAGUGGUAGGUAAUAGUUGAAUAUCUAAACUGCAAAAAUUAAAUGUCAACCAUUUCAAGCAGAGUGAAUCACUUUCCUAUCUUUAUGAUUUUUCUGUAAAGACUUGUAUGAAGACUUCUAUCUUGCAAAUACAUAAUAUUAAGAAGAAUAUUACACUCUUGCAGUCUGAUUCAGAGUCUUUUGAAGCCACUGUUAGUCCCACGAUUUGUAAUAGUAGCCACUGAACCAGAACGAUAUAUUUAAUAAUGGAUUAUUUGCAUUCAUGUGCAGAGGUUCUGAGCGUUUGCUAGAAAAAUGGUAACCUAAUCUUUGAGUAAGGUGCUUUAAAACUGUAUUACAAAACUCUGCCUUUGGUUAAGUGUUUUGCAAGUAAAAUUCCUUCAAUUUGCCAUAACAAGUAGUAGGAAUACAGGAGGGGGUGCAAGAUUUUUACUUGAACUGGACGAGUUUCCACAGUGCUUACGUGGUAAUUGGAUUAGGCUCUGUGCUCUGGUCAUGAGAAUCAGUUCUGAGAAGAUGAUUUUGGUUUAAGUUUGAAGAUAGUGUUUUUACAUAUAUUAUAAAGUACAGUAGUGAAAGAAUUUUUAUAUAGUCUUUUCUAAAAUAAUUGUUCCUGACACCUGUCAGUAAAUCCCCAUUAUGAUUUGUUGUUGCUCUUUCUUACUUCAAAGCUGACUGAAAUGUUGGUCAUGAACCCAAGAAGCUUUUGUUUUAAGGGAACCAUCCGGACUGGUGUGGUUUUUCCGUGCAUUGAAAUGCCAGUCUAUCUGCAAGUUCUCUGUAGUACAAGAAAUGGUUAUUAUCACCUGUCAGCAAGGCAAGGGCUGAACUAUUAUUUUUCUUGUGUUUGUUUUUUAAGCAACUUUUCUAAUUCAGUAUUUCAGCUUCUUUGGUUAAGCCUCUCAAUUCUCACAUGCCAUUUUGAAGGAGGAAAAGAAGACUUUGCUACUUUGUUCACAGAUUGCAAGUGCUAGUGGAAGGAUGAAGGUAGAGAAACUGAUUUGGGCAUUUAUCUUUUUUUUACACGUUAGUACAACUCCUUCAGAAUUUUUUGUUCGUUUGUUUUUGGAUAGUAGCCAGGAAACCUUAGAUCAGCUUCCAGCCAGCCCACAAAUUUUAUGUUGCUUACUGAAAAAAACAAGCAUUAGUUUCAGAAGUUCAGAAUAAUGAACCAAACUGUUACAGUUAUCUUGAACAUAUAAUUCAGCAGAUGGAUUUUUUUUUCCCUCUCAUUUUCAACUAGAAUGACAUUAUAUUUGUCUAUUUCAAUGGGAUGAGAUCAUCAAAUACUGCCUGUAUUCCAGUCUUCAAAAGAAAAGAAAAGGUCAACAAAUGUAUUUCUUAUUGACACUUUUUAAUUAAUGUAUUGCUGUAGAGAGAAGUCUGUGUAUUCCUAACUUUAUUUAACUAUGGUGUGUAAUGUUUCAAUAUAGUAUUGUAGAUAUGUUUUCUAUCUAAAUGUACAAAUAUAAAUGUGUGUUUAAGUGUCAUAUCCUUUUUCUUUUCAAGUUUUGACUUUUAGUCAUUGCAUGUAGAAACACUCAGCACCACUAUAAGCAUACUGGGAAAGGGUGAUAGUAGGUAGUAGGAAAACUGUUGCAUAAGCAUCGAGCUGAAGUCCAGGAUCAAACUGUAAAGGACCUUUAAAUAUUUAGUUGUAGCCAAAUUUCAAGCAAUAGUAUUUCAAGGAAGACAGCUACAGCGUUACUAGUGGAGAACAGGAAUAUAUCUGUUUGAACCAGUUUUUUCUUUAUCUCUUAAGUCCAUGUCUUGCGGCAGAUGACUGAAUCAUAUAUAAACUAGGGGAGUGAGGGCUGGUAUGCUGUAUCCAUCCUACUAUUACUCUUUCUACAAAGCCUCAGAGCAUUCCUUGCUACUGCACUGUAAUGGCUUUAUGCUAGAGGAGAGGCAGAAGAUGUGAUACCAUCUCAAAAAGACACACAACCCACUAUUUACAAAGAAAAUCUGUACAUCCCAAAAUGCUUUCCCCCAAAAUCUGUAAGUCCUAAACCCUUUUAGGUAAUAACCCCUUUAUAGUUUGCAAUAGAGAGCUGCUUUUCCUGACUCGUCUUAGUGGGUUUCACACAGGGAUGCUGCUGUAGUUGUUCUCCUUCAUCUUAGGAGCAGCUGAUCCUCAGUGCACUCCAGUUCUCGCUGAUGAGGUUACUGGGGUUCUUCAGCUCCUUGCUCACUCAGUCUGUGUUCACUGCGAUUGGCCUUUAAUCAUAUAGCCUAAGGCUAUGUUUUGUUUGUCCAAGGAGUAGCGUACACAUUCCCAGAGUCACUCCUGUUUCGCUUGUGGUAUACAGACAUUUGAAUGUUCUAUAAUUAGAAAAACAUGGCUUUUAAAAACUUAUGCUGUUUAGGGAUACUAUUUCCAUUGCUUCCUCCAGGUUUUACAAGAUGCUCUUACAGUAAAGUAACAAGUGCCAUAAAUGUAACCAGACAGGCAAACAGAAGAGCAUGUACAAGCUACAGAAAUUUAUUUCAGUUAAGUACCAGAAAGCAUCUUCAAAAUAUGAUUCAGAAAAAUAGAAAAUGUUACUACUCUGUCUAAAUACUGAAAAAUCAACUAUAUUGGUGACUGCUAUCUCUUCAUAUGGUGAUUUAGUUUAUUAGUGUUUCCUGAUAUAAAAAUUCUGAGCAGGUUGGUAUGGCUCAGCACUCACAGAUUUGUAUAUUACAGUAAAAGUAUGUAAUUCAAGGCCUUUUCAAAACAUGUCUCCCUACUGAUUUUAAUAGGUUUUGCAUCAGACCUUAAUGAAAUAAUAAAUUACUAUAGAAAAUCUCUAUAAAGAAUAUUGGUCAUGGUUGUAUUGUAUAAAGGAAACAGGUCCAGUGGCAUUUGCAGGUUUUUAGUUGUAGUGUUUGCUUUUCUGGAACAGCUUUUGGUUUUGAAUGAAUAUAUUAAUAGUUCUAUGAGAUGGUUUUAGAAAUUUUAUUUGAUUACAGUACAAUAUUCUUCAUUAGAGUAGGAAAAAGAUAAUGUGGUCUCAAAGAGGGAGUGUAAUAUGUUUUAAUAGCUUUUUCAUGUUCUUUGGAUUCAGUAUUAUCUUUCUAUAGUUUUUUCCCUUCUGUUGAAGGAAGGGUAGGGAUUUUGGCUGUGUGAAACUAUUGAUGGGCACAUAUGUAUAUGUUUUUAGUUGAUUCCUUUUUGUGUUAGGUUCUCACGUGUCAUUUGGGGCUUUUGUACUGAAUGCACUUCAUCGUACAUGUUUUGCCCCUCGUGUUCCACUUGUAGAGCAUUACGUUUGUAUAAUGCUGCGGUAAUGUCGUGAUACAAUGUAAAUACAGACCAGAUGAGUAAUGCAUGAGAAAGGAGUUUUAUAGCAUCAUGUAAAUACCUUAUCUGCUUAGCCUCAGAAACGGUGCAUAUGGCUUCCAGUAUGUUGUAUAUAUUCUUAAUGCAAUUUUUUUAUUCCAAUGGGCAAAUCUUGUAGCUCAAACCAUGGGUAAAACUAUUUUUCAUGAGAAUGUCAAGAAAAACAUAUUCCGUAUCUCUUGCUCAGAGGAGGGGGGUGAUCAGAAUGAAGUGACUUCCCUUCUUGUGCAGGGGCAUGUCCUUCUGUCCCUUUAAUUAUUGACUGUUUCUUUUAGCAAAGAGUGUUGUAUUAUUGACCACAAGUUCUCUUGAGUUUUUGAUUCCUAACAAGGUUUUCUACAUACAUGGAAGCCUUAAAUGUCUGACUUUAUAGUGUUAUGAGUGAUAUAUCUAGUUGAAAAUGGUUUAUGAUUUAGCAGACAAUAGCAGAGAUUUAUGUACAUUCUUAUGAUCUGUAGUUUUUUAAAAUCACUGUUAUUCAUUAAGACUUACCUCAAUGACACAUUGCAGCUAAAAUUCCACAGAAGUGUGUUCAUAAACUUUGUAUUGCAACUCAAAAAUAAGUUUUCUUCCUUGUAUAAUGUGUGAGAGUUGCUGUGACAUGUUGUCUAUAUGUGUCCUCCAGGCUGUGGUUGUGCUACCUGAGGAGAAUUUAGCAUGCACAGCAGCUUAUCAACCACCCACAGUAACUCUCCACUCAAAUUUGCCAGCUCAGUUCAUAUAAUCAGUUAAAAUUACUGAUUUAUGUUAGCAAAGAUUUAGUAUUUAGAAUUAAUCAUUAUAAUUUUCAUUGAAAUCAGUUUGUCAGGGAUUAGAGGAGCUUCUCUCCCAAGCAGGGAAAGUAUAGGAAUGGUGACAGUUGGAGACAGUUGUUGGAAAUGUGAGACCUGGUUAUUUUUUUAAUUAAACCACUAUAUCUGUCUUUGUAUUCUACAACAGAUCAUGAAUUUAGAAAUGGUAUUUCUAAUAUUGUACAUUCCAUUAUGUUCACAUAACCAAAUGAGACUACUGUCUUCCAUCAGAAGCAGCUGUUUUUACGUCUUACAGUUUUUGUACUAUCAUAUGUAAAAUCACUUUCUCUUGUUAAGGAUUAGGAUUCAUUCUUGCCAAGGAUUCAGCACACCUAUGAUUGAGUUUCCAAGUUUAUCUUAGUUUCUUUGUUGUAAUAUUGUGAGGGAUUUUGGUUAGGUUUUUGGGGCUACCUUUUCCUCCUGUAGUUUCCCCAAGAAUGAAAUGCAGACGCUAUCAUGUUACCAUGGAGGGAUCCAAGUAGGAUAAUUCCCUCCAGCAGCCCCUUGCCCUUCUUCUGCUUUAGGGAUAGGGAUAUAAACAGUGAGUGCAAUAGGGCUGUCACGUAUAACGAUAAUGUUACCUGGCAGCUCACUCCAAAAGGAUGCAGAUGAGGUGAGGAUUACAGGAUAAGUUGCACCACGACACUGAUUCUCAAAAUGCAUGGGCCUAGUGCAUACUGGCUUUCUGGGGUUUCCUGCUUCCUAGGUCUACUUGUCUUUAUGGCCUGUAAAAUCUUGCUCUGUAAAGAAGGCAAGAAUUUUGCCCUUAUUAUUCCUGCAAAAAUCUUCAAUCAGUUGGUUCAUUAGUACUCGUAAAAUAACCUGGUAAUAAUUACUGGCUUCUAGGACCUGUCUGUACCCUCUCCCAUGAUUCUCCGUAGCAUUAGAAUAAGAUUAUGUCCUCAGGUCAGCUUCAUCAAGCUUUACACUGAUGCAGCUACUGUCAAAAUUUUUACUUUUACCUCUGGCUCUGUCCAGUGAGGUCCUGAAGUUGUUUCUAGAUCUCCUAGAGCAUCCCAUCAAACUUGAGUAGCUUAUGCAGGGAUUUUGAUGGCUCUUAGUUUCAGAAAACUUUGAUACUACAAAUUAAAUACUUUGGCUAUUAGGUGAUUUGAAGGAUACUCCAGUUUGCUAUCUUGUUGCAGAUUGUUCUUAGUUUUUCAGAGAGUAACACAUUUUGUCACAGCUGAAAAACUAGAAACCUUAGAUAUAAAUCGAGGGGUGUUUGUGCAGUUUUGAUUACUUAUUGCUUAGUGUACCUCUUUGUUGGUCCAUUGCUUUCAAGUAUUCUAGAGAACUUUUUGUCUAAUUGCAGGCCCUAGGUCUAAGCAAAAGAAUUACAAGUAUUUUUCAAGUCUUGCCUAGUUCCUUUGAAACACUGACAAUUUUGAACUAAAGAAAUCCCUCUCGUAAAAAUCUGUUGAUAAGUCUACUUUCGUUUAAUGCUCUGUACUCAGCAUGCCUAAGAGCAGCAAUAUUCCACGCUGCAUAUUUCCCAUUUUGACUAAGUAUGUAGGAACUCAACCCAUCUGUCCAUUAUCAGACUUCAUAGAAAGCAAGAUAGCGAUUCCCAAUUUGAUUUUACAAUCAUAUUUUUUUAAAAAAUAAGAGCUUGUUUUUCAAACUUUUGAUUGAAUUUUAAUACUUGGUUUUGAACCAUAUGUUCAAGGAAUCUGUCCUGAGAGUUGCCUAUAUCAGAUAACUGGCUUCCAGAUUCUAAAAAUUUAGAAUUGACAGUAGAGGAACUAGAAGAAUUGCUAAAUGUUUUUAUAUUUUGAAUAUUUAACUUGAAAACUAUCCAAUUUCACUUUUAAAGGAAAAUUAGUGCAAUUAAAACUGUCUCUUCUGUAAAUCAUUACCAUUUGUGUACCAUUAAUCAUUGUAUCAUUAAAACCUGUGAUGGAUCUAUGUGUUUUUAUAAAAAAAUUAUUAAAGAAAAAUAAAGUAGUUGUAAAACUGCUACUGGGUGAAAACCAAGUGCUCCAAGGUUAGCAGCAAAUAUCUUUAGGGCUGGUAGUUCAGCCCAGCGUGACUGAAAUUCUGCAUUUUCAUUACAUCAUCAUGGCUGAAGGAAAAAAACAGUGCCUUGCAUAAAAAUACUUGAAAGUGUAUCUUUACAGAAAUGUUGGAGUACUGAUUGAAAUAAGGUAUUUGACCUUCAUGAUUUGCAAGUUUCAGGGUUUUUUUAAAUCUAUACUAAUUCUGAAACUGUGAAGAGUUUUCCUUCUCCUUCAUGUUUUUGAAUUAAGUUGACAUUAAGGUGCUUUUUUUUCCCAGCUGCUCUUCUUACAAAGUACUUUAAAAUGUUUUUUUCUCAAUGUUGUGAACCCACUUCUGAAACUAUUGUUACCUCUUGUACAUUUCAAAACAAACUUCACACGGAGAUUUCAAACAUUUUGCUAAAAUUGUGAGUGGGCUGGAGGGCAAAGCAUUCAUUGAUCUAAAAGGGUGAGGAUGAUGCUUCUUGGUAUUGGAGAUGUGGAAGGUUGGUGUUUGGUUUUGGUUUGGGUUUUUUUCCUGUUCUACAGGUCAGCAAAGAUUCUUUAAAUGGCAGAGGGUUGUGUGUAGAGGCAGCUAUGAAGGGUCAGGUUAUCUCACUGUGAAACCAUAUAACUUCAUUUAGGUUCUGAUGUUGGGAUGUCUAAAAAUCCCAGCAGUAUAAUACUAGUGAAGAAAGUCAGAUACAAGUGCUUAACACCGUAAUAAAUGUCUCCAUGUGGUUUAAGGGGAAAGACGGGGAUUUUUUUUCUUCCUUGAGAACAUCAGUGUUGCUUUGUGGACAUUGGAAUAUUUUUAUCUGCUCUUUGAGAUACUAAACCUGUUUUUCCAUUACAUGUGAUGCAAAGCCUUUCAAAUAUCUGAGCAUUUAAAAGGUGUGUUUUAUAUUUGUUGCUACAAAAUAUGUGAAGAAUUAAAACUGAAGGCACUUCAUCUACAGCUGAUGCAGAUUGUGUAAAUUCUUCACAUACAGCAUUGCCUAAUAACAUUUUUAAAAAUAUUCAUGGCUUAUGAUCCUUUUUAAAUAAAAGGUAAAUGUCCUGUAAUAUUACAAGUACAAGUAAAUACACUGUAGAAGAAAUGUCAGCCUCAGAUAUCAAUUCAACAAAUAAACAGUGAUUAAAGAAUGUACUCUUUGUUCUGUUAAACCUCUUUCUCCUUGCAAAGCUUUUUCAUGGAAAAAUAAACAUUAAAAAUUUUAUCUUUU